UGUAUGAUAACAGACAAUUAUUAGGAAAUUUCAGUUUGUAUUAUAACGGUUGUUAAGAAAUUAUGUGCGGUGUUGUGUGUGUGGUGUUGCCGAAGGGAAAAAAGGUUUUCCCCUUCGCACCCAGUCAGGAAUAGGAGGAACGGGCAUGAAAUAAUGGCUAGCUGUUAACUGAAAUCAAAUCACAAUGAGUACCAAGAACCCAAUCAACCAAUGUGGACUAUUCCACGCAAGCGAACAAUCCCCCAAUUCCGCCACGUAUUAUUUCACGCACGACGACACAGAAACGGAAACGAAGAACAACCAAGAAGAAUUUGAAUGCCAAGACGAACAAGAUGAAACCAUCCAAGACGUACAACUGGACGAAGAAACCUGCCGGUACGACCCCAUCAACACACCUCCCAGAAAAACGGUCUCGGAGGACACGAUCAGGGAGUUGGUUAACGGGGUGGAAGAACUGGUGACCACCGAAAUGUACAGGAAGCGCAAAUCUAAGCUGAGGCUGCGCAACGAUGAUAGUUGCGACGCCAGCGGUGAAGACGACGAAAGGGACUCGCAGUACUCUGAUUAUGACGUCAGCACUUCUACAUUGAAGGGGUUAAACAAUAAUUCCAUGUCUGAGGGUGUACUGUUCCCCGAAUACAAGGCCAACGAUAGGAACAGGAAGCUGUACGGAUCGUGCACACCCCUGAACCAGACCUGCUCGACUCCAAGGAUUAGCUCAAACACUUUGUCAAUGUCGGAAUCUGCACUGUACGACGAAAAUUACCCACCAAAAUUUGGAAGUUUGUUCGCGAACGGCAGCAAUUCUACUUCGUCCACUAUGGAGGAGGCUUCGAACUCCUAUCUGGAACAGCCAUCGCCGAUACGCAGGAAGAAGCGACGAAGCAGAACGUUUGGCAAAUCUGACUCGCAUUUAAUGAACAGUUUCAUAAAACCCAAGAGCAUGUUGCUCAAAUCGUGUUCCUUUGCUGGCUUCAGCAAUCACCAGUCACCAAAUGAACCAGUUCCUGAACAGCUUUCAUUAGUGAGUAGUAACUGCGAAACCUCGACAACUAGUGGUGGUGAAACAGAUGAAGAACACGUAAGACGAUAUAGUAGAUAUAACAAAGACAAAUAUAAUUUAAACUUGGCGGAGGAGCAAUUAUCAUCUUUGUCUGACACUUGGGACAACUACCAGGAAAACUAUUUGUCUGAACCAUAUAGUGAGUCCAAGGAUUCGGAUGCGGCAAGACGUUUGCUGGAAUUUGGCGAAGAUUACAGAAAAUUUCUGGACAGCCAAUCCGAUUGGUCCACUAUGUCAUCCGAAGUUUCACCUGUAAUGAAAAGGAAACAGUGGUCUUCAAAACCACUGAACGGCAACCUGAAUAUCAUCAAAAGUACAUCUGAAAAAUUGGAAAACUGCAGAGACACACUUUACAAUUACAACUUCGAUUUGGAUUAUAAUACAAACGUUAUCGAUGAAUUGUUGUCGGAGUGUUGUAACGAAAUACAUGCCAUAAAUCGUAUUGUACGAGAUAUGACAGUCUCGAUGGACGAGGAGAUUCUUUCAGAUAUUCUAAAGCAAUGGGAGGAUCUGAGAAAUAGCGCGUUGAAAAUGAAGGAGUAUGCCAAUUUACAGAAGCAAAUCACCGACAUGAAGACGUCUAUCAAUUCUUUGGACGUCUCCAAAUCAUCUUAUUACAGUUUUUCACCAAUUGAAGAAGUCAAAAAUGAUAUAGAGGAUUGCAAGAACCGUCUGAGUUUUAUCGAUCAGUAUUAUGAGAAGCUAACCGCCCUGAACGCCGUCGUGCACAGAUUCUCACUCGAAAACAAAGACAUGGAUGUCUACAACAGCAAAUUGAAGUGCAAUGUCCAGGAACUCUACGAAUUGCUGGACAACAGUAAAACAUUAACCAAGGAUCAGUUGGAACAAAAGCAAGGGCUUCUACCUCAGUUGGAAACUUUGGAGACGAGAUUGGAGCAAUUGCAAAAGGAUUUGUGCGAUGAUGGAAGGAGCAUUGCCAGGCUGGAUAAUUUGUUGAACGAAGGAAUCUUCAACGAUCAAACCGCUGCUGGAGUCAGGGAUAUCGCUAAACUUCUGUCUGAGUCGACAUACCACAACGGUCACCAUCUCAGCGAUUUCCUGACGGAAGGUUCGUUCUCAGACAGCGGAAUAUCGGACGAAGGUUCAGAACACGAAAUAGGUGAACGACAGGCCAGAUUGGCGGCCAUACGAAGACUGUACAGACAGUACGAGGCCAAAUUUCCUCUGGACAUCACCACCAAACAAAAAAUCUUCGACAAGUUCAACAAAGUGGAGGAGGACCUGAAAACUGCCCAGCUCAGAUGUAGAACUUUGGUCGCCAGAACGUCCGCUUGUUCUGCUUCCACUUUAAGUUCCCAGCAAAAGGAUGCGAUUAAGUCGUUCAUGACAAAGGACAAAGGGGGCGAUGAUGAUCCUGGCGAUAACAGAAGCUCGGUAUGGUACCAAAAUCGCAGCGUCAAAGCGUCGAUAGUAUUUCAAGUUAUAAUUUUAACGUUCGUCUGCUUGAGCUAUUGGCUCAAUCCUCAAUGUUGUGAUAACAUGAAUAAUUACAAAUGGUCCUUGAGUCCGAAGCUGCACUUCGAGGGACGACCUCCGAUAUAAUAGUGGUUGUCCAAAAUGUUUCUGUAGUACCGUUGCUCGUUAAAUCCGUUCAGUUCGACCAUUUAUUUUAAAUUUAACAAGUAGUAAUGCUUUUAUACUGUUUAAAAUUAUAUUUUUAGGUGGUGUAUUGUUUUAGUAUUACGCUUAAAGCUAGUCGCAUGAGUAUUAUUUUAGUGCACGGUCAAUUGUUUUGACGUAUUCGAUAAUUUUUAGUGUACGUCGAAUCGGGGAUUUACCAAGCACGUGUACUACAUUUUUUGAGGUGUCAGAGUCGGCCUUGAGUUGUGGAUAUAUUUAUUUUCUUUUUAUUUUCGAUGUUGUGUCUUUACGUAUUACGUAUAUUUAUUGUUACAGGCAAUAUAUGUUUCAUAUUAUAUAUGUUAGAUGUUAAACCAUUGAAUUUAGCCAAACAUUAUUAUCUUUGGCAUACAAUUGUUUAAUUUCUUUUUUUUUUAAUUUGAGUCGACAGGUUUGCUUUUUUGUAUAUAUUUUGUCGACUUGACCACUUUUGGUCUAAUUUUUAUGAACUUGCAGCAUGCAAGUUGUUAUUGGAUUGUAAUUUUUAUUACACAAUGAUGUUAUAUUUAAAACGCGAUUGUUUUAGUAAACAAUUAACAAUUUACAUAUGGUAUUAGUAAAGUGUUAACUUUUUACUAAACAAAUCUUGUACAUAUUAUUAUAUACAAUCUAAUUUUUUGAACAAGUUCUAAAAUUAGAUUGUAUUGAUUUAUUAAAUUAUCAAUCAGUUCAUCCGUUGCAUCAAUUAAAUGUUAUUUUAGCAGUAUUUUUCCUACAAACGGAUAAGCUGAUUUUUAUGUUUUUUAUAUGUAUAUAUUCGGUGUUUGCCCGUUUUUAAAACGGUCAUAGUUGUUAUGAUGGUGAUUGAAAAUCACUUGAGGCUCAAUUCGCAAAAUGAACAAUGAAGUGUGAUUUACAGUUCUGAAUUGAGCACGUAUUUUUUGAGUAUAUUUACUGCCAGAAUAAUAAUGACAAAUAAUUUGAAUGAAUGUUUUGAAUGUCAUUAUUCAUUCCUUACAAAAUGAGAGGCUUUGCAUCGAUGCAGAGGCAGAUGAACGAUGCUUUGAUUAGUUUCUUUCUGUCUCAUAUUUGUCUUAUUUUGUAUUAUUUUAUAGUAUUAAUGACCCCUUAUACAAAUUGUUUAGCUCAUAUUUUUUGAUGGCAUUACGUAGAUUAAUGAUUGGUAUUUAAGGGUUUUUCAUUCUUGCAUUUAAAUUAUUUAUGUCAUAAUGAAUAAAAUGCAAAACUCAAAAA